GCUUGGCCGAAAAAGAAGCAACACUAUGGAUACUAUGAUCGAUCACCAUCGAUAAAGAAGAAUCUUUUUAAAUCACUUCGGGUCAGCAAGGCCUUCAAGCAUCCGAAAUACGCCGGGGUUGUAAAUGACAUAGCGUUCCUAAUAGAAAAUGAUGACUCCUUUAGAAAAAGGAAGUUAUUUAAGUUCGUUUUCCCCAUGAAAUCCCGCUCCGACGGCCCGACGAGUCAUCUAUUUAAAAGGACCCUCCCUGUAGUCAGUGACGGAUCUUCUUGGGAGCUGAGGGGGGCCGUGGCCCCCAAAAGUUUUGUAACUCCUAUGUAA